AUGUCUGCUUCUAAUGUGUCUGAGAGCUCUCAACCUUCUCGCUCGUUGAACCGUCAGGUAGUCCUGGACGAAGACGAGUACACUGAAGCUCUCUCGCACAUUAUCGCACGGGAUUUCUUCCCGUCACUUGUACAUCUGGACGCAACCAACGAUUAUCUGGAAGCAUUGCGUUCCAAGGAUCCGCAGCUCAUACAAGCAUCCUUCCGACGCUUGGAAGAUUUGUCCACACCCGUAUCUCGUCAUGACCGACCAUGGCAGACACCCUCGCAGACACCUUACGCCGCUGGUCCUUCGGAAACGCCGUUGCGCACGCCGCGGGGAGAGCCACCCGUAAAAAGGACGCGUUACGAUACCAGCACUAGCCUUGACAAUUUCCAGGCUAAAUACACCUCGGAGGACAAUUCGAGUUUCACGCAGAUCCUCGAAGACGAGAACAGGAAACGGAGAGAGAAAUGGGCGUGGGCGUGGGAAGCACAGAAGAGAGUUGAAGAGCAGAGGGGGAAGAUGUUGGAGGGAAGGGAGAGGUUACUUAUCGAGGCACCGGCGGGGCCAGGUGUGAGGGAGAAGUUCCGGAUAGAGGCACCCACUCCUGCAGGGCUGAUCACAGACGGGUCGGCUUCAAUUGAAGGUAAGGUGCAGCACGCAGAGCCGGCUGAGGGUAAAGAAGAGAGGAGCGAAGAGAAGGGUAAAGAGGUAGCUGUGAAAGCUCAGCGCGAGAUUGGAAAGGUGGAGGACUUGGUAGUAGACGUGAUGGCACCUAAGAAAGAUACUCGUGCUGCCGGCGUGGAAGGCUGGAACUUCAAGACGCGGAAUGCUCUCAUGUUUUCGCCCGACGCGGACGAGUCACCUUACCACCCUUCAGCUGCAACGUUAGCGGCAGACGCGAAAAACGAACCGAAGAUCGUCAAGCACUCUAAUACUCGACUACCGGAGCAAGACGAAACUCCUUCAGGGACGCUUUCUACACCUCCUAGCCCAACACGGAGCCGUAUUGACGCUGCCAUUGCUGGAACACCGUACCAACCAAGGUCAUCAAUGGACACCUUUUCGCUUGUUCCUUCAAUACCUUCACCUACACCAUCCGAAUUAGGUCCUGCUGCGGUGAAACAACUGAUGACAUGGGGCACGCUAAUUGCUACACCCCGUGUCCUCUCUGAUUCUGAUGACCCGGCGGAGAUGCCUCCUCCAAGUACACCCUUCCACAUUGCAGGCCCGUCCACUCGCGAGCGGAUCUCUCACAAAUUGUCCUCGGACGCCGCAAAGAGUCUACGUGCCAAAGCUGGUCUUCUCGGUCUCCCUGGCAUAUCACGUACGCUUAGGAGCGGAGUCAAGAGAGACGGCUCAAUGCCACCGCCAUCGUGGACACCGCGGCGGGCGGAUGCACCAGGUGGACUCACUCCUGCUGCUAAGAGGUUGCUAGAUCGAACAACGAUGGGCACCGCCGCGGCGAGAAGGGCAGAAGCGAUGGGGAGGAUCGCUGGGUGGGAGGGAAGUGCGGCUGCUAAGGCGAGAGUGAAGGAUCUCAACAGAGUCCGAUGGACACCCACCCCGAGUCCCGUUACGAGGAGGGGAUAA